AUGAAAACAUGCUCCCUCCCAGUUAAUGGUGAGAGGUUGCAAUACUGAAUGCAUUCAUUGAUUAUAGGUCAUCUUUAUCGAAGCCCAUGUCCGUGAGCACGAGCACCUUGUAGUAUCAUCGGUUCGCGUCAGUUGUAAUACGGUGUUCAGUGUUAAGUGGUAGUGAACAUCUUGCGUUACACAUGGAAUGGAAAAGAACACCAGUUGACAUGGUUGGCGAGCAACGGAAACGCUUGUACGAUUCCAUCGUGCGACAGACGAACGAUGAUUCGCAGCUGCAGCUGAUAAAUCUCCCUGAUGUUUGCUUGGAAGCAAUUUUAUCAAAUCUCACCUACGAUGAGAUUUCUAAAUAUAGGAUUGUUUGUAGACAAUUUGACCGGAUCUGCAAGAAACUGCUCAAUCGUGGUUUCAAUCUCAUGGAGAAAUAUCAUGCGCAAUGCCUCCGCACUGUCAAAAGCAAGUUACCGAGGAGAGAGUCAGAACGACGGAGUCAUCCUCUUGCCCGUCAUUGCGAUAUUUUGACAGCGAUAGAAACGAGAAUCUCUAUGCUAUCAAUGACUUUCAUCAAAUAUGUUGACCUGAAUGUUUGCUGCUUUAUUCCUGGAAAGGUAAUUGAUGAAAUUUUCCGUGUUCUUCGAUUAAUUCGAGAGACAAAAACACCACCUAGGGCACAUGAAAUACUUCAGGAGUUACGGGAUAUAAGCAGCAUGGCCAUGGAGCAUUUUGAUGAAAAAAUUUUGCCAGAUCUGAAGCAUAAUAUUUGCACAUCUAUGGUUGGUACUGUGAACUCAUAUGAUCUACCUGGUGGUGUUAUGAUUUCUCAUGGUAGAAAUAUAAAUAAUUCUGCACUGCCACAUUGCAACAAUCAUAAUGUGAACUGCUUUGAGAAGCUUAAUCAGACUUUUAAGAAAAUUAAUGAUCGUACAAAAAGGAAUAAGAUAUUCUUCCUAUCUGUAAGAAACCAAAUGGGUAAAAUGAAAUUUAGAAUGCAAAGACAAGAAUAUCAGAUACGGAAGCAAAAUCUGAGGUUACAUAAGCAGGCAAAAAAGAUACAUGAUCAAGAUGUGCAAUUAGCUGAGUUGCGAAAGCAUCUUGAAGAAUGGGAACAAAAGAUGGUCGAUUUAACUACUGAAGUGAGUCGAGCGCGAGAGGGAACUCAGAAUCCUGAUUCGUUAGAAAGUCGCAAGCGGAAAGCACACAUAGACAUUAUCAACACUGAUGCCGAGACACUUCAACAAACAAACGAGUUGCAGGCCAGGAAGCGUAAACUUAUAGUAGAAAGAAAAGUAUCAAGUGAUGCGCAAGAUAUGAAGUUUAAAAAAUUCAUGUCAGAAUUACUGGGAAAGAAUAUGUUAGAUGGUUACUUCGUUGAUCCCUCAUGUCCACGUUGACUCGACUUUUUUACAUCAACACUUCUAGUAUGAAGGUUUUUGCAGAAUUAUUAUACUCUUUAUAUAAUACAUUUUUCAAUUGUUAUAACAAAAUAGAAGUAACCAAAAUGUACAUCUUGUAUAUCUAAAUCUUAAUGUAUUAUAAAAACAUUUUUAUUUUUAAGCACUGAUUAAAAAAAUUCAAAUGAAAAUUAAUAUUUUUAUUUAAUUAAAUUGCUUUUUAUUCUAAGAACAACAUCAUACAUAAACGAAUGAGUUGAGUUUAUAGCGCUUUACUUAAAAAGAUUAACAAAAUAGACUUUGAUAAAUGCUAUGUAAAUCUUAUCCAAAAUAUUUUAUUGUGCAUUUAUUGGUGAACUGAAGAAUAAAGACAAUAAACUAUGUUGCAAUAACAUAAUAAAAUAUAUUUUAUUAAAAUGUUUUAAUAAACAUUAUUUUUAAACAUUUUAAUAAAAUGUAUAUUAAUAUGUGAUAUGUAUUCAUUAAAAUAAUAUGUCAUUUAAUAAUAUAUCAUUUUAAUGAAAUGAUAACUUGAAACAUUGAAAGACAUUGAUCUUAUUUAUAAUGUUAUACAAAAAUUCUGUAAAGAAUAUAACUAAUUUUGUUAUAAUUAAAUAUAAAAUUAUGUAUAAUCCCUGACAUAUGAAAGACUGUAAUUCAUAUUAAAUAUUGAUCAAUAUAUAAUAAUUUAGCUUGUAUUAUUUUAUCACCAUUUCAUAAUUCUAUAGAUCUAAAA